UAGGAAUGUGUAUAUGUAAGAUAGGCAUUGAAUUUGGUUCCCUUAAACAUUGUGGGACGGUAUAUUUGCAGAAGCUAAAGUACCAAAAACUGAGGGAUUGGCCAUAAGCUUGACUCAACAAACCAUCCUUUCCAUGACUUCAGUUUAAGAAAACAAGCGAGCGCAGUGACUUCGUGAUUAUUGCAAGAGGAAUGCAAAGCAAUACAAGAGACACUAAGUGCAAUUUUUAUGACAGGAAAUCGUCGAUGGGACACCGCAUCCAUUUCUCACUGAUGAGACAUCCAAUAAUGAUUAGAUAUAUAAAUACUGUUAUAAUUUCUACACUGGACCAUGGAAAUAAUAUGAUAUUGCGAACAAUGGUAUGGUAUUGGGAAGCAAGAACAUAUACUGUACUGUAUAAAGUAUCGUCUUUAGAUGUGGAUGUCCACUGUCGUAAUAUGCCAACGUCAUGUGCUCCAACUCCAACUAAUUGCAUGCUGGAGUCGAUGGGUGUCGACUCCGAUAAGCUAGGAGGUCUACUAAACGUAAUCCUGAGCAUUGUAAUCCAACUCUUGUACAGUGACGAUGAUGACCCUUGCAAGCAGAAAGAGCUGAUGGGAGAUAUGGAAGACGCCAUGGGGGACAUGAUGUGUUUCAUGGAUGAUCAGAGUGAGGAGGGUAAAGGCCUUCUGGAAGCCCUCUUGGGCCCUCUUCUGAAGGCUGUAGAGAGUCUCCUGCAGGGACUAUUAGGAAGCAUGAAAGGAGGUUCGGGAGGCCUUUUAGGUGCUGUAGGGGAUCUACUUAGUCAAGUAAUCAACCUUGUCGUCUGUCUCCUCAAUUCCCUAGGACUUGACGUCGACGUCAACCUCAUGUUGAAGCUCGGAAACCUCCUCAACCUUGACCUCAGCGCUCUCCUCAACCUCGGCUAACCUACGAGGAACAAGACAAAACAAAUAAAAUAGAUUGUAGAAUUAUUUUCCAAUAAACUUUGUUAUUUUUUAUUAAUAUUUUGUAAAACGCUGAUUUUUAUAUGGAUAGAAAGUUAAAAAUACCUAACAACUAAAUCCAAUCUUUAUAUUUACUUAUAGCAAUCUUGAUUUUUCAAGCGGUACUUGAUUUUUCAACAAGUAGGUUGAAUAAACUAUAUCUGAUCAGAAUAGGGCAUAUCCUACUCAUACAAAACGCGUAUCAUAUAGAGUAAGUCUCAUAAACUUUGAGUAGAUAAGAUUGUUAUUUUACUUCAACACGCUAAUAUCGUGAUGAAAAUGAUUAAAAACAAAUAAACAAACUGACUAAUGAUUAAAAAUAAAUAAUAGGAUUGCAUAAAUAAGGGAAUGAAAAACUAAAAUUAUGUAGUUAAAAUCUUUAAUCAUAAUUUCAUUUUGAAAGAAAUUUGUGUUGCAGUAGUAAAUACUACACAACGCGGUUGACAAAAUAUAUUCAAUCAAAAGUUUAAAACCAUUGUUUGCAUAAUGUAUUUCUAAAUAUGCUUUAAUAGUUACUUAAUUGUAGUAAUGCAAUAUAAUAAUACGAGUAAAAUUGUUUACUAAAUGAAAAGUAAAAUAUGUGUUUUACUUGGCACAAAACUAAUGGAUUGUCAGUGUAUAUAAGUGUAGUUUAAAAACAAAUGAAUAAUUUAUGAUGCCGUGAGCACUAUUUGAGUCGUUAACUUAUAUUUUAGUGACUUCUUUGUUUUUGAAAAAAAAAAACAAACAUUUUACUGUACCAGGUAUACUACAAGUACAUUUGUUUGCUUUAAAAGAUAUAUUUACCUAGACAUAACUUCAAAUCGAAUGUUUUCACUAUUAACUAGUAAACAUUAUUAUAUACCAUGUAAUAAUAGUGUUACUGUAUAUAUUAAUUUUAACAUUUUGAUCACCAUUGCCUCAAUUUUACCAUGUUCUCUCCAUAUGUUGGUUUGUAUAUUAAAAAUGUAUUUCUAUA